AUUCUGAACAGAGACUUGUACAGUGUAAACAAGAUAUUCGAAUACUUGAAAUUUGGAUCGAGUAUCGUAUCAACGCCAGACCAGUACACCGAUACACGUGCCCUACCGUUGGAGUAUUCAGAAUCCCGUUUAUUUUCCUUUCCAACCACUAUUAAUAGCUCAAUUAAUCCACGACUUUCAUCCGUUCCACGAUUUCAAUUCCCUCUAACAAUCACCGCGCGUCGAAUGGUAAAAGUAACUCCUCUCCUGUCGUCGAUGUAUUUGCACGCUAAUUGCAUGUGUAACGCACCGAUCGGUAGUUAGAUAAGAGCCACCGACUCUUCUGGACUGGUCGUGUGUUACGUACCGCGAUCCGCUCUAGCCCUCGCUCAAGUCUCCCAGAAGUAGGUACGUAAAUUACGCCAGUGACAACACCAGCGUUUGUAUAAAACGUCACGCUUGUGUAUUAAACACGCACGAACUUAGGCGUUGCGCCACGUGAUACUGGCACCAGCCGCAGCUAUAAAGCCGUAGCGAGAAGUCAGUGCUAGCUCGGCGACUUUCGCGAUCAAACGCGCGCGGCUGGAACUCUCAGCUGGAUAUCGUUGCUAUAGCCAUGUAUCUGCGCUUAGACUUGUCUCGGUGAAACUUACUCGCGUGACUAAUUGUAAAUUGUAAGUCCCUAGAGAUCGUUACCCCGCGAAUUGGGUUUACGCGAGAAGAACUCGUAGGUGUCGUUCGCCUUGUUGGUUCGCAUUAUCGUUACCGAACGAGUUCCAUUGUGACGCGGCAGGACUUUUCGCGCUCCCACGAGGCCGCCUCACGUUCCCUUCGCACGGCUCUACGAACGAGACACGGAGAUAGGCUAAAAUUAUUCCUGGCUGAUAGGGAGACAGUAAAGCAGGGAGGCUUGGCGUCGCGCCUGCUACAAAUGAAGCGAGUUUCAAGGUAGUACAAGUUCCCUCUCCCACACAUGCAUGGGUUCUUGGCUUGUUCGAUUACCACAGGUUCCUCUUGUGCACUGGCGACCACCGUCUCACCCCCCACGUGUACCGGCUGCCACUUCUGAGCACGAUCGGUAUCAGACAUGACCAACGACAAACAGUCAUGGUUCAGAGGUGUUCGGAGCAGCAAGUUUCGGCACGUUUACGGCCUGCCAGCCAAGAGGGAGAAAUGCUACGACAACAUCAAGAUCACGAAGAACGCCCACGACUCGCAGUUCUGCGCCGUGAAUCCCAAAUUCCUCGCCGUGGUGACGGAGGUCGCGGGCGGUGGGGCGUUUCUGGUAUUGCCGCUCGAUCGCACUGGUCGACUGGACUUUAAUGCGAGCAGGGUGACUGGUCACACUGGCCCAGUGUUGGACAUCAAAUGGAAUCCUUUCAACGACAACGUCAUCGCCUCCUGUUCCGAUGACUGCACCAUAAAACUAUGGCAUAUACCAGACGGUGGUCUGUCCCGAAACUUGACCGACUGGUUGGUGGAUCUGCAAGAGCACAAACGCAGGGUCGCGUACAUAGAAUGGCACCCGGUAGCCGAGAACGUGCUCUUCAGCGCUGGCUUCGAUCAUUUGGUGAUCGUUUGGGAUGUAGGCAGAGGAGUCGCUGUCAGUGUGAUCGAUAGACAUCCAGACGUGAUCUACAGCAUAUCUCUGAAUCGCGACGGCAGUUUGCUCGCUACAACUUGCAAGGAUAAGAAGCUGAGAGUCUUCGAGCCUAGAUCUGGUAUCGUUGUCUCUGAAGGAGUCUGUCACGCUGGGACCAAAGCCAGCAAAGUGGUUUUCCUCGGUAACUCUGGACGUCUCCUCACGACAGGUUUCAGUCGACACUCUGACAGACAAUACGCCAUUUGGAGUCAGCACGACCUGAGUGCCCCUCUGACGUGCGAGACCAUCGAUUCCUCCAGUGGGGUCGUGUUCCCGUAUUACGACAAUGACACCAAUAUGGUGUACCUGGCGGGAAAGGGCGAUGGCAACAUUCGAUACUACGAGGUGGUUAACGAGGCCCCUUGGAUGCACUUCCUCAGCCAGUUCAUUUCUGGAAAUCCGCAGAGAGGAUUGGGCGUGAUGCCAAAGAGAGGCAUUACCACCUCCACGUGCGAGGUGUUCAGAUUUUACAAACUGCACGCCACACGUGGAAUGUGCGAGCCCAUAUCGAUGAUAGUCCCUCGAAAGAGCGACCAAUUUCAGGAAGACUUGUACCCGGAUACCAUUGGCACCUGUCCCGCUCUGUCGGCCAGGGACUGGAUCAGCGGCAUGAACAGUCCACCGAUUUUAAUUUCCCUGAAAACCGGAGGCAGCAUUACCACGCACAAGCCACGCGUUUACAAGCCACCACAGCUUCCCCCAUCGACCGACCUGAACAACAAAAAGAAAUUCGCGUUCCUGUCCGCGGAGACUGUGCCCGACUACAGGCCAAUCGAAUUGCACGAUAUGUCGGAGAAAAGCCAGAAAACCUCCAGCAAUCAGAGCACCAAGUUCCAGCAGCUGCAGCAAAAGUUUGGGAACGUUGUGCUACAGAAGAACAUCAUCACAGCCCCCCUGAACGACAACAAAAUCCUGGAGACCGUGGACAUACCCAACAACGAAGCUGAGCUGAGAUUGGCGUUCGCUCGUCAAACGGACGAGUUAAGACUGGUGCGACGACAGCUCGCCAGCAGCCAACUGCGCGUCAAAGAGUUGGAGGAACAGAUUCGCAAACUUCAACGUCAGUAAAGCUUCACCGAGAAUUUUAACACGUUCGAGCCUGAUAACUCAGCCUACGAGCCACGCAACAUCUGACUUGUUCAGUCCUACGGAUCUGAUCAGAACUGCAAAAAUGUUGACUGCUAUCCAGGAUAGUAAUACAUCGGUCUCGAACGUGUUAACGCUUGAAAAACGUUAUCUGUAGCUUCGCUGCUAGCUGUACGAGUGAUAUGGUACUUAACGAAUAAGUAACGCAUUCCGUCAUGGACGAUGCGACGCCUGAGCUUUCGAAAUGUUGCGCAGAGAAAUGGUGCAUGAUAAUUUCAUGGUCGCAUUGAAAACAACGUAAACAACGGACACUCAAACUUUGUUGACGAUACGAUUUUCUGGUGAGGCAUUCGAUAAGUGUCCAAGAUUCUAGGCAAAAAAUGUUGUAUACACUGUAGACCUAUUGCGUGUUAUUAACAAAUUGUAACGAAAACAAGACAUCGCCCAUGUUUAUAGCGGAACCACUGAAUGCUACGUAUUUACUUCAUUGAUUACUUUUGAUUUUAUAUGAGACUAUAUGACAAAAUAGACUUGGAGUGUAUAUGACAUUUUUUUGGGUGACCGGCUGAACACGAUGAGGUUGAUUGAAUUCCUCACUAUAGAUUUCUCCAGCUAAAUUUUUAAUUCUCAAUUAAAAAUUUGUAGGUCCUUUCUCCACCACUCUACUCCAUUCUCUUUGCUACCUUUAUAUGAUCUUGUACCGUCUUUAGCGUACACCAACGGAGCAACAAUAAUUUAGUCAAUUCCCGUCAGAACACCCUGUCGAAAAAUGCGUAGAGAAACUGAACAAAAAAAAUGAAGAAUAAAUAAUUGUGAUUUACACUAUUGCCUUCACUGUACAGACGAGAUUUUGUCUAUAUAGAAAGUGUUGAUACUUCUCCGCGAUCAUUGGUAGUUCUCUUCUGCGUCAUUCGUGUGAUUCUUCUCUGAAUCGUUUUCUUUCCACCGAGUCGAGUAGUUUUACUUCGCUGGCGCACCAUAGUCACUUUAGCAUUUCCUUUGCUUCGCUGAGACUUAGUAUGAUAUCAACUUUUUACGGAGUGUUUCGCGAAACGCGGACGUGUGAACUUCAAAGGUAAAUUCAACGCGUAGAUGUAAAGGAAAGUGUGUCCAAAUUUGGUAAAACAUUCCGUGUAAACGUACUCUGAGGAACACAAAGAUUGUUUAGAGUACUCCAGUGGCAGUAAUGCUAAUACCUGGUGAAGUGAACAGUCUUUGUGUUUUUUAGAGUGUGAAGAAGAAAGAUAAAGCUUUGAGGAAGUAUUAGAUGUUGAAUAAGAUAUUUGAGGCUUUCGUGGCCAUUCACAGUUAAUGUUAACUGAGACUUCUUGGUCUUGGACUUGUCCUCUGAGUAGGAUACUCUGACCUUUGACUACUAUUGCGGUUAGCUACUUCAAAAAUCAAAGAUGCACUGAUAUUAGCAUACCUCGUGUAGUAUGAU